AUGCUCCCUCAACCCUUUUCUCCAUCUACUUGCGAUCCACUCUCAUCUCUCCACGUGUCAAAUCACAAUCGCCACGUAGGAUUUUAUUCGGUGCUCUGUUCCUCCUGGCGCAGUUUAGCAAAAACCCUGUCUUCAGUGAACUCAAAGGCCAUAGAGAGACGGAAACAGCGAAAGAUCCCGGAUUCCGCCGUCAAACGCCAUCGUUUAGUCGUAACGAUGGCGUCGGUAGCCCUCACCACCUCCGUCAACCUAGGGUUCAGGUCAUUCGCCACUUCAAAUCACCGCAUAUCAUCCAAACAAUCUCCUCCGUUAAAUCUCAACAGAUCAAACAGUCAGCACCACCUCCGGUCAUCUUCUUCAUACACAUCAAAUCUUACUCCUCGCUUGCCCCUACUCGGCCUUAAAUCACCGAAGAGAAACCUGAAUUUCUCCGUACAAGCAUCUGCUGCUGUAGUUCCGGCUAAACAGGAUCCUGCUCCGGCGCCGGUGCCAUGGCAAGGAGCUGCGAUGAAACCUCUGCUUGCUUCAAUCGCCACCGGUGUUAUCCUCUGGUUCGUUCCGGUACCUACUGGAGUUUCUAAGAAUGCAUGGCAAUUGCUUUCGAUAUUUCUCGCAACUAUUGUUGGGAUCAUCACACAGCCUCUCCCACUCGGUGCUGUAGCGUUAAUGGGACUAGGUGCGUGCGUUCUCACCAAAACACUGACGUUUGCCGCUGCAUUUUCGGCUUUCGGUGAUCCGAUCCCUUGGUUAAUUGCUCUUGCCUUCUUCUUCGCCAGAGGAUUUAUCAAAACAGGAUUAGGAAACAGAAUUGCUUACCAAUUUGUCUCGUUAUUCGGUAGCUCAUCGUUAGGGCUAGGAUAUAGUUUGGUUUUCAGUGAGGCUUUGUUAGCACCAGCAAUUCCUUCAGUUUCCGCUAGAGCAGGAGGAAUUUUCUUGCCCUUGGUUAAGUCCUUAUGCGUUGCUUGUGGGAGUAAUGUAGGCGAUGGAACCGAGCAUAAGCUUGGUUCAUGGUUGAUGUUGACUUGUUUCCAGACGUCGGUUAUUAGCUCCUCUAUGUUCUUGACUGCGAUGGCUGCGAAUCCACUGAGUGCUAAUUUGACUUUUAACACCAUAAAGCAGACAAUCGGGUGGACCGAUUGGGCAACAGCUGCGAUCGUUCCUGGAAUGGUAUCAUUGAUUGUAGUCCCACUAAUUCUCUACUUAAUCUAUCCACCAUCUGUGAAGAGUAGCCCUGAUGCACCCAAGCUUGCAAAAGAGAGAUUGGAGAAAAUGGGGCCAAUGACAAAGAACGAAAUCAUCAUGGCAGGCACUUUGCUUCUUACGGUUGGGCUAUGGAUAUUUGGAGGAAUGCUGAAUGUUGAUGCUGUUACAGCUGCAAUUCUUGGACUAUCUGUUCUUCUUAUAACAGGAGUCGUGACAUGGAAAGAAUGCUUAGGUGAAUCGGUUGCUUGGGACACUCUUACAUGGUUUGCUGCACUCAUUGCAAUGGCAGGGUACCUCAACAAAUAUGGUCUCAUCUCCUGGUUCAGUCAAACCGUGGUCAAGUUUGUAGGUGGACUAGGUCUUCAAUGGCAAGCAUCUUUUGGGAUUUUAGUUCUUCUAUACUUCUACUCCCAUUACUUUUUCGCUAGUGGAGCUGCUCACAUUGGUGCCAUGUUCACCGCCUUCUUGUCAGUUGCCACUGCCCUUGGGACACCACCUCUGUUUGCAGCAAUGGUGUUAGCAUUUCUUUCCAACCUCAUGGGCGGGUUGACCCAUUAUGGAAUCGGAUCAGCUCCAGUUUUCUAUGGAGCAAACUAUGUCCCUCUUGCAAAAUGGUGGGGCUAUGGGUUCCUUAUCUCUGUGGUCAACAUCAUCAUCUGGCUUGGUGUUGGAGGUGUCUGGUGGAAGUUCAUCGGCUUAUGGUAGUUAAAAAAAAGGUACCAGUUUGAUCACAAAACUCACAACUUUCUGACUUCUCCUGUGCGUUUUUCUUUUGCUACUAGGAUUUUAACCAAAUCCAAAUCUAGUUUUCAAGAUUUUUGCUCAGGAUUCUUUAGCCUUGCAAAUAAUUUUUGUGUUUGUUGGAGGGUUGUGUAGGUUAAGAUGUUAUACAUCAUACAUGGCAUGAGGCCGAAUUAUAUUUCAAGUUUGAAUUUGUACUUUUAAAAUUUUGAUAUGUCACAUUAUGUAACUUGGAGAAUUCUAGCAUGUUUUUGCUAUGGUUUUGCAUUUCAUAUACUUGGAUAAAUUUCACAUAUCAUCUUUAUGAAGUGCUUAAUAAACAAAGACAUGUUUCUUUUCUUUUUUUUGACUGAAUGAAC